AUUUAUAAUAACGUAUACAGGAAUAAGGAGUUUCUGUGUAAGAUACCGGAUACCACCACUUCGCCCCCGCGCGGGGAUUUUGUAUGGGCUUGAUUGGCUAAAGUCACUUUGGCUAAGACCGCUGAGCUGAGCCUUUUGCGCACUGGCAGAUCGCAAGGAAUAUGCAAUAAAAGAACAGGAAUAGGUGGACACUGGAACCACUGAAUUAAGAUGAAACGUGCUCGCACGGAGCAGAUGCAAGCACUUGUACUUUCGUAUCUGAAAAAGAGGAAUUUCACUGAUUCAGAAGCAAGUUACAAAUUAGAGUUCAAAUUCGAAGAAACAUUGAGGGAUAUGACAACACGAAAUUCUGAGGAGAACGAUCUUUCAACUUCAAAUACUGCUGCUCUCACUGUGUUUAGUAUUGAUGAAUAUUUUCAAUCAUUUGACGAAUUUCUAAAUCAUGUGAAAGAGGCCAAACGCCAGAAAAAUAAUGAGAUUACGAAUAUUGUCUAUCCAAUUUUUUGUCAUCUGUAUCUCGAUCUUGUAUCAGCUGGUAGAAAAGCAGAUGCAGGAAAUUUUUAUAAAAACUUCAAACAACGAAUGGUUAAAAUGUGUAAAAGUCUGUCUCCAACUUUGAAUAAAUUAGCACAAAUUAUUCAACCAACAGACAUAGAAAACAAUGAUGAAAUUCUUGAAUAUCGGAAAAAGAAAUUUGUCGUAGAUAUGUCGUAUAAGAAUCAUGGAUCAUUACUAAGAUUUCUACAUUCAGAAUCUUCUUUAUUAUUAUUGAAAGUUAUCAAUCUCCAUAUAGUAAUUAAUAUAGCAGAAGGUACUACACUGUUCGAUCUGUUUAGUAGGAAUGAAAAAGUUUCAAGAAGGCAGGAAAAUUCCAAAGCUGUCAAAAGAAAAAGAAUGUCUAUUGAACAAUCGAAGAAACCUAUUAACGGCGGCACUGAAGUUGUCACAUCUUCAAAACAAGAAACUAUAACAUUAUCUGCCCCCUCAAUCAUGUCCCCUCCAACCCCUGUCGCUGCACCAGUUGAUCCAGCUCAACCAUUUAUACCUGAAGUAGACUUGAAAACGCUACGUUCUUCAAUUCAGGCUGUUAAUGAUAGCAAACCAUCUAUCGGGAAUAUAUGUGUGCAUAGGUUACAUGCCACAGAACCUUAUGGUCUUACCCAUGCAACUAUUUCAAAUGAAUAUAACUUCAUGAGUACGGGACACGAAGAUUCUGCUGUACGAUUAUGGAAGUUAACUUCAAGUUUCAAUUCAACUGAUGCCUUUACACAAUCUAACAGUGCCUUCAACGAUACAACCUCAAAAACAACUCAGAAUACUAAUACUGAUAAUUCCCCCCAAGGACGAUUAUCCCCCGACGUUUCAAAGAUACAUUUAGGAUGUGAUUUCUUUGAUACUGUGAAAACAAAACUCGAGGGAAUAAAUACAUUUGAUAAUACAAACUCUAUGAAAUGCUUACGUGCGCAUUCAGACAGUGUUAUGGGAUCUUGUUUUUCUCAUGAUGACAAAUAUCUUUUGACAUGUUCAGAAGAUACGACAGUGAGGUUGUGGGAUUUAUCAACACAAAAAAAUAAAGCAAUAUAUCGAGGGCAUAUCCAUCCUGUGUGGUGCAUAGCCAUGAGUAAUUACAGUGUCUACUUCGCCACUGGUUCCUUUGAUAAAACUGCCAGACUUUGGACAACUGAGAGGACAUAUCCACUGCGAACAUUUGCGGGUCACCAUGGCGACAUAGAAAGCAUAGCUUUUCAUGAUAAUAUUUCAUAUAUUGCAACCGCUGACAAAACAAUAAGACUGUGGGACUUGGCAAGCGGGAAGACAGUACGUCUAUUACUGGGACAUUGGGCCUCUGUCUCGUGUCUUGCUUUUUCGCCUAAUGGUAAAUUGUUAGCCUCAUCUGGAGAAGAUGGAAGAAUAAGGAUGUGGGACAUUGCUUCUGGUGCCUUAAUUAAAGAAAUGAGGGGACAUGAAGGAUCAGUUUACUCUCUUGAUUUCAGUCCUGAUGGCUCAAUGCUGGCGUCUGGCGGUUCAGAUUCUUGUUUACGUGUUUGGAAUACGCGGACUGCUCAGACACCAUCUACAAGGAAUAAUACAGAUACUAAUGAUCCAAAUCUCAACACCGACUUCAUAGGUAAAUGGCAAAUGUCUGCCAGAGCUAUUCAUAAUGUUAAAUUUCAAUCAACUAAUUUAUUACAUUGCAUUCUAGCUGAUAGGUGACCCAGGCUAGAAAAACUCUAUUUGUAUUUAUUUAUUUAUUUUUCUAUCGCCAACUUAGGGUUCGAAUACAAAAUAAUUUAUAAUUAAGAAUUGGAUAUUGGAAAAAAAAAAUCAUGAAUCUAAACCAAAAAUCAUGAUGAGUGCCUACUGCCUAGUCUUAUUAUAUGUAAAUGGUUACGAAGCAAAACAUUUUUCAUAAAUAGCCUUUCAAGAAUGAUUUAAUUUCAUAACUGAGUUGCCAAGUAGUUCAAAUAAGUAGCAAAAUUUAUAGAAAGGUAACUCCUAUUUUCUUGCUUUGCUGACAACUUGUUUCACAAUUUUUUUUUUUUUUUGAGUCCGAUUUCCAUGCAAAAUAAAUAUCUGGCUGUUAACUUAUCAUUUGUUCAAAGUUACUUUUAUUUCAUAUUUUCAUGUUUCGAGAUUACACAAUUUAAACAUA